ACAGACGGCAGCAUCUCAGCCCCAUUCAAAGCCUGGCACCCGAGCAAUGUCUGAGGAGUGAAGAAACCUCGCUAUCGCCUGGGAGAAAAUAUGGAUACAUGGCCGCCGAGCUGGGACUAGAGAUGUAGUUGCAAGGAUGCCGGCCGACUGCAUCUCUCGUUUGCUCCUGUUCGCGUCGAUCUGCGCGGUUUGGGAGGCGCUGGCCAAAUCUCUUCCAGAUCAGGGAGCAUUUGAGGUGCAAAUAAAAGUCCAGGUGUUUGACAACAGCGACCUGUCGCCACUGGCCGACGCUCAGGUGGAAGUCCACGGGAAUCAAACCGUCUUAGCGUCCAGCAGAGCCGGCAGAGAUGGCGUCCUGAGGGUCAGCUUCCUGUACCGCGUGGGAACAUGGGUCAUCAUCACAGCCUCCAAACAAGACUAUGUCACCAACUCUGUGCCCUGGCACUCCAGCCGCAUCCCCUUGUAUGCAUCAGUCAGCCUGUACCUCCUCGUUCAGAGGCCAGGGACUCUUAUUCUGUAUGAUGAUGUCCUGCAGGUGCUGUCUGGGUCACCAGGAGCUCGUAACCAGCCGUUGGUGCAGCUCCAAAGGAAGUCCCUCCAGCUGCCCUCCAACUCCAACUACACGGCGCUGUCGGCCGCAAUGACCACAGCCAGGAGUCAGUAUGAAAUCGGCGGUUUCCCGUUUCUCCUGGGCCAAGAGACCAACAGCUCAGGUGCAGAAACAGGUUGGACAGACUUGACAGCUUUGGCGGUGGUCAGCAUUCAGCUCUUUGACAAAGAUGGUGUCGCAAUCCAGGUCUCGGACCCGAUCCACAUCUCUGUGCCGCUGCCGUCUGACACACGCAACAGGAUGGCCACAAGUGUACCUGCUUGGCUGUAUCAGCCUAAGACGGGACUGUGGGUUAGGAACGGGACGGGCUACAUCAAAAAAGAUGGCACACAGUUUGUCUGGAAUGUCGUGGUUCCUCAGAUGGGAUACUGGUUGGCUGCCUUCCCAUCAUCCUCAGGAUUGGGUUUGUCUCACCCGGGCCUGAGGGACAUCACCACCUACCACACCCUGUUCCUGCUCUCCAUCCUGGGCUCGUUGGCCCUGCUGGUGCUCAUCCUGCUCUGCGUGCUGCUCUACUACUGCAGGUGUGGGGAGCGUAGGCGCAGGCGGAAGUGUUUGAAACCUCGUCGACAACAAGGCAAACCCCACACUUCUAAUCUGAACGGAGCGAAGAGAGACCAGGGUACAUCUACGUCACGCCUAAACCUGAUCUGCGGAGGCCAUGUUGAAUCUGGUCCUUCUAAUGACAAAUCUGACAUGUCCCCAUCUCGAGACUACCAGAGUUCAAGGGAGGACCUAACCAAACAUGUCCCGGCUCACAUGCUGCGACACGCGAAGGCAAAAAAUGCCUCAGGUCCCCAACGAGGGGAAAGCUUCCCCAUGAAGGUUACACGUGCCACAGAGACCAACAACUUGGACAACCCUUUGCUGCAUGAAGACUACAACCGGAGCUACAGCCCCAUGGAGGGCAAAGAGUCUGAAUAUCACCGACACCAUAACGCCAAUGACAAUCGAGGGUACUCUUCCGAUCCCCCAUCUCCGCCUCGCUUCCAAGGCUAUGUGCCGAGCCAGUCUGACAAACCUCCAGAUUAUUCAGCAGCAGCAGCUGACAGCCUCGCCAGACCCACCUCCCUCAACACCCAACCAGGUCAAAUCAUCUUCUGCAGCUCCAUUGACCAGAUGAAGGAGAACAUGUACAGGAGUAUGGUGCCAACCCUGGUCAUUCCAGCCCACUACAUGCGCCUGCCUUCUGAGUUUUCUGGUAAAGAUGGAAAGGACCAGAAGGAGCAAGACAAAGAUGGUGCACAGAUGGGAGGAGGCCAGCAACAUCAUCACCACCACUCCCAGAAACAAGGCCAACAGCAGCAACAGCAGCAGCAGCAAGGUGGAUCCCAAGGUGACGACUCUGAGGAGCCGAGCUGGGCGUCCGACUCCUCCGGUGGACCUGUGACCAUCCCCGUGCUCUUCAACGACUCCACCAUGGCUCAGAUGAACGGAGAAUUACAGGCUCUGACCGAGAAGAAGCUCCUGGAGUUGGGUGUAAAACAACACCCAAGGGCAUGGUUCAUCUCCCUGGAUGGACGAGCUAACGCCCAUGUGCGCCACUCUUACAUAGAUGUUGGGAAUGACCUCAGUGGUGGUGGUGGUGGUGGAUUUGGAGGUGGUUCCAGCAGCACUCCGCGAGACAUCAACCUUGAACCCCCUCUGGAGGCUCAAGAACGAAAAUCAGCAGUGAACCGGAAGGGGAAAGAUGACCGCUGGGGAACGGGAGGACGGAAGGGCCAUGGUGUCAGCAGCGGCGGUGGGAAGAGUUACUCCAAGCUGGCCUACCCUGACCACAGCGAACCCAGCAGCAGCGAGGGACGCCCUGUCUCACCCGAGGAGAACUCCCUCACCCCUCUUCUGGAUGAAGGUCCUUCCUCCCGAGGAUCCACCAUCCCCAGACGAGGACGCAGUCGUGUGAACAGCAGCCGCAGCAGCAACAGCGAGAACCGCCGCGACUCCAUGACCAGUCCCGAGGAUGAUCCAGACGACAAAGACGAGAACAAGAAGAGCCCAUGGCAGAAGAUUGAAGACAGGCCUCUCAUGGUCUUCCACCCAAGGAAGUGAGCUUUUUUUGAACUUACGAAACACUGGGCCUUUAACAAUCUUUUCAAAGGGGAAUCUUUCCACAUCAAACAUGGGAGAAGAGUGAUGUUUUGACCGGGAGAAAUCACAAUAGCACAACCAUGCUUCACUGGUCCAUUUUUCAGGCUGUUGUUUGACUUGUGUUUCUGGUGAGGUGCUCUCGCACUUUCUGAUUACUCUCGUAGUCUCACUGUCAGUUAAUCCCACUGGUGUCCACUGAGAUGACCUAUUGUAGACCUGGAGAUCUGUCCAGUUUAUUGUGAAUCCUGUCACCUAUCACAUCACUGAACCAUCGUCUGAGCCAUUGCAUCUACCGACUGUGGAAAUAGCCAUUUUAUAGAGCAAAAUAUAAGAAUAAAGCACUUACUAAUGAUUUUAGAAUUGAUUGAUUGAUAAUUACCAAGUAUUUGGAAGUGGAUGACAUUUUUAUGGGAUUGAUGGGGAUUUAGGUGAAUUAGAUUUCCUUCCCAUGACUUACUCUACACAAAGGCUCAUAUUGAUGUUAGAAGAUGUGCGCCUGUGUUUGUUUGACUUCUCCCCUGUCAUAAACUGUAACUAGAAAAAGUUUCUUUUAAAGGAAACAUCUCCCCAAAGCCUGAAUAUUUAGGGAACCUAUCAAUUGUAUUGAUUAUUUUCUUUCUUGAGCCCCUGUGAACGGAUAAUGCAAACCAUACCACGUCUGACGCGACUUGCAUUUUGCUCCUUCAGGGAUGUACUUGAUUUCCUCUUCCUCCUGUACUGUGUUCAUGUGUUGUAAUUACUUAUUCAGAUAGUAAUGAUUUGAAAGCGUUGAGUAUCAUCUUCAAGUCUCUCUGUCAUCCUUUCUGUCAUCGAUUUAUCACAGUGAUCAACUGUACAAUUCUGCCAAAAGUAUGCAUUUCUGCCUUUUUCUCCUGUUGUUGAGAUAUCUUUUUUUUUUUGUGUGUGUAAAUAGAUUCCCAGACAUUUGAAAGACCGUUUGGUAUAGAAAGGUUGCAUGCAUAUGAAUGUAUGAAAUAAAGAAAAGGCAACAAAAGCCCCUGACAGUUCUUCGGGCUCUUGCGUAGACAACCCCCCUUAAUCGCCAAGAAACAUGGUCUAAAACAGAUAUGGCGCAGCAAAAACAUCACUUUACUUGAAGAUUUACCUAUUUAAUAUUCUACUGAGGUCUGCAGGGGUUGUUUGUAGACAGGGCCUGUACCACUUCUCUCCUGUAAGUGCCUUCUUUCACAUAGGAUCGAGUGAUAGGCAUGCAGGUCCCUUUUUUCAAAUGCAGUCAGUCGUCACCUAAACCACGCUGUCGAGAUUGACAGGCACUAAUAAGCACACUGCAUUGUGGUAACAACAGCAACAACAACAUGUCACUCUGGGGAGCAUGCCUGCCAAAACUGACAACUUUUCUUGCGGCUAUUACAUCCUUGGAUAUCUUAAUUUCUUAUACCUAUCCUCUUUUUCACCAAACUUGUAAAUGGUAUGAUGAACUAUAUGAGAUUUUAUGUCUAUACAGUAUGAUGUGCAUGUAACAUGUAGAAUAGGGUGUUUUUAAUGAAACCUUUUUUGAGGAUGUUUGGCACUUAAUGAUGAUGAUGCACUGGCGCAUUGAAUUGUGUUGCCAAAUGAACUUGGUUAUAUGAAGAUACACUGUUUUUUUCCCCCUUAAUCCAGUUCUAACAAAAUUCACUUCCGGUCGUAAAUGUUUACAACAAUAACAUACUGACCAACACGCUCCCGCUGUUACUAGCAUCACCACUGCCGGCGACGCAUCAGCAACUGUGAACUUAAUUAUGUCAUCUAGCAGAUUUGUAAAAGCUCACAAGUUUCGAACACUUGAAAAAGUUUGUGUUUUGUUUUGUUUUUGUUUUUGUUUUGUUGCAGAGUAAUAGGUUGAUUAUGAAGUGAAAAUCUUGAAGGCUGUAUAAAAGUCAUGCUGACUUCUUGCUCCCUUUUCACCAUUCGCUUGCUGUUCAUAAGCCUGUGUCAGUAGCCUACAGUACAAACUGAAAAUGUGAUGUUAAAGUCUAAGUCUGAAGAGUAACGCAGCCAUGAAACGAUUCCUACUGAACUGUUGUGUCCACUGCUGUAAAUGUACAUUUUUUUGGGGCCAGAUACGGAAUUACUAUGAGUUGUGCAAUUGUGGCUUUCCUUGCUUGUUUUUGUUUUUAUACACAAGAGAUCAGUGUUUCUCAGUAGAUUUUGUGAACUUGUGUUUGGACAGUUUCAGAGAGUAUUCAGUCACAGCUGAUUUCACCCCCCCUCGAGAGACACGUUUAAACCUGCUUUGUUGGAUUUUUUGAUUCUUAUGAAGGUCAGGAGGAUUGAACUGUAGGUCUUCAUCCUGUGCAGUAAAUCAUUUGCUUCAUAAACCUGGUCAGUUGUUUGUAAACUGUAAAUUGAUUCUUUCUGUACAUGAGACAAAAUAGAAAUAAAUUUGUUCCCACAGUC